AUGUGUUCACCAAUGGGUCCACCAAAAAUUGCUAUAGGUGAUAAAAUAAAGGAUCAAUUUUUGGUGAAAAAAAAACUUGGCGAAGGCUCAUGUGGUAUGGUAUAUUUGGUAUUGAACAUUAAGGAUGCCAAGAAAGCUGCCAUGAAAGUGGAACCAUUAAUGAAAUCAAAAGAUGAUGAGAUUUUAAAAAUGGAAGUAUAUGUAUUGAAAAAAAUGCAACGGUCGAAGCAUGUAUGCCAGUUAUUAGCUGCUGGUAAAACGUCAUCCUACAACUUUCUGAUAAUGUCAUUGUUGGGGAAGGAAUUAUCGGAUAUUCGAAGACGAUUACGAGAUCGAAAAAUGUCUAUUGGAAGUGUUUUAAAAAUUGGCAUACAAUCAACAACGGCAAUACAUGAUUUGCAUAAAGUUGGCUUUGUACAUCGCGACAUUAAGCCAAGCAAUUUUGCAAUGGGCCGAGAUGAAAAAGCCAAUACAGUAUUUAUGUUUGAUUUUGGCCUAGCCCGACAGAUUAUGUUUCCAGAUAAGGAUGGAAGACUCAAACUUCGUGAAGCCAGGAAAAAGGUAGCAUUUCGUGGUACGGUACGCUAUUGUUCAUUAAAUGUGCAUUUAUACAAAGAACAAGGAAGACAUGAUGAUUUAUGGAGUAGAUUGAGAAUGACCAUUUCAACAGGUAUGUUUUAUAUGCUAAUUGAGUUACUAUCAUCAACAUUACCAUGGAAAGGUAUGGCACGAAAAGAUAGCGCACAUGUAAAAGAAACAGUUUCUGAUCGGAUAUUAUUAGCUGGAUGUCCGAAUUGCUUCGUUGACAUAAAUAAUCAUCUCAAAAGUCUCACUUAUCAGGACACACCAAAUUAUGGAUUGUUGCAGACAAAAUUUACGAAAGAACUUAACAAACUAAAAAUCAAGCCGUAA